AUGCCGUCUGGAAACGGAUACUCCUACAAAAGCUCCGGCACCAACAGUCAGGGCAACCACUACUGCUCCCGUGACUAUGGCUCUGGCGCCUCCAACUCGAACAGCUACCACUACUCGAACUCCAAUGGCUCUUACUACUACUCCAACCCUAAUGGAAGUAGCUACUACAACAGCGGCUCCGGAAGCUCGACGUACACUCCUCCCUCCGGCUCCAGUGGUUCCGGAAAGAAAUAG